CCCGCGGAAAAUGGAACGGAAACUGGUAAUUCAGAGUUUAAAAACCUUUAUCGAAGAGGCAGAAAGUAGGAUCAAUUCCAUUCUGGAGUCGUACGGCUGGACAAAGGAACACAUUCUUCAAACGACCAGCACGAGUCAACGGGUUGCCAACAGUGAGGUAAAGAAUCAUAAAGAAUCCACCGACGAGGAAUUCCUCCCGUCCACUUAUCCUGCCGAUAGUCCAUUUUCGAUCCGUAUGGAUACCAUCAAACAGGCCGAGGCGAUACUGGAAGACUUUUACCAAAAUCCCGCCCUCGAAAUAGGAGUGCCCUUGGAAGAUAUUUGCUCGCGUAAUCCUCCAUCGAACAAUGCCGAGCUGCAGAGAAAUUUUACACGUGAAGAACGAUUAUCGUUGUAUCGGCACGCAGUCGAGAAUACUCGCAAAGUUCCGGAAGUGCAAGACAUCGUGAUAAGCUAUAACAACGGCGACUCUUCCUCGGCUGGUAGGAGUACUGCAACGCUAACAGAGCUAGCAGCUAUUGAACGGGAUGCUCGUCGUCGGAAUCCCAAGCAUCGAGUAGCUAAAAAUCCGCUUACCUAUACAGAAAAAAUCCGCCAAUUAAUUCACCUUCAGUCGGAAACGCUGGCCAAACAUUUUCAGCAAACGAAGCCUGAACCAGCCGCGGAACAUAGCACCAAACGCAGGAAGCAUACGCAUAAAGACCAAUCAGGGUCCAGAUCCGCGGAGAAAGCUAAGAGUAAAAAGAAGGCUAAAAAACGUGACCGAAGCCAAUCUCGGUCCAAGCAAAAGAAGCGAAAACGAUCGCGAUCUAGCUCUUUAGAACGGAAGGCUAAGAAGCACAAAAAGAAACACGACCGAUAGAAGGUCAACUGCACCUUUAUUCUUGGUAUUCGCCGAUGCAAAGGCACGCGUUGGUUCCUCCAAAGCCGAAGGAAUUUUUCAGUGCCACUCGCCUUCGUCCAUCGUCCCAUGGUUCCGACGUUUUAGCCACGAACCGUAG